AUGAAAAGGCAGGACGGCUUAAAGUUCGACUUCGGCAACACCAAGAUUCGGGGUGUCAACCUCGGCGGUUGGCUUGUGCUUGAACCAUGGAUCACUCCGAGCAUAUUCGAAGCUACCCCGGACAAUGUGGUAGAUGAGUACACGCUCUGUCAGACGCUAGGAUUAUCGCAGGCCGGAAGCGUGCUCCAGUCCCAUUGGUCUAGCUGGAUCACCGAGGGUGACUUCGCCGAGAUGGCUAAGUACGGGUUGAACUUCGUUCGCAUCCCAAUCGGAUACUGGUCUGUGAGUCCCUUAGCCGGAGAACCUUAUGUCCAAGGCGCCUACGACUACCUCGGGCGGGCUCUCGAUUGGGCAGACGCCCAGGGCAUCAAGGUCAUGAUCGACCUGCAUGGUGCUCCAGGAUCCCAGAACGGCUUCGAUAACAGCGGUCGGCGCGGCGACAUUGAUUGGACACAGGGAGACACCAUCUCGCAGACGCACACUGCGCUGAACAAGAUCCGAGACGAUCAUGCUAGCCAUCCUGCUGUGGCGGCCAUUGAGCUGCUCAACGAGCCGAUGGGCUCAUCGCUCGACAUGGAUACAGUCCGCCAAUUCUACAUGGACGGCUGGGGGUCCCUUGACGGCAGCAACGUCGCUGUCACCUUCCACGACGCCUUUCAAGGCGUCAACUCCUGGAACGACUGGGGUUCGGGAAUGUGGGCUUUGAUGUUGGACACUCAUCACUAUGAGGUGUUCGACUCCGGUAGCUUGCAAAUGGGUGUCGCGGAACACCUGUCAACUGCGUGUAGUUUCGGAGAGUCCAUGGCGACGAACAACAAGUGGACCAUUGCUGGAGAGUGGAGCGGAGCGAUGACGGACUGCGCGCAAUGGCUCAACGGCCGCGGUGUCGGUGCUCGCUACGACGGUAGCAUGAGCGGCUCAUCGUACAUUGGCUCCUGCGAUGGCAAGUACUCCGGGACUGUUUCCGGACUGGGCGCUGCAGAUUAUCAGAACAUCAAGUCGUUCAUCAGCGCUCAGAUCUCAGCGUUCGAAAAAGCUGCUGGAUGGAUCUUCUGGUGUUGGAAGAAUGAAGCUGCUCCCGAGUGGCACUUCCAAAAUUUGACGGCUGGAGGACUGGUUCCGCAACCGUUGUCGUCGGCUAGUGGAUGCUAG